GCGCGCCUGCAGGAAGUGACGCUAGCGGGCGGUUGGAGACACGGUUGGAAUUUAAAUUUUGAAUCUGGGCGAUGCCCGCUGUCGACGGUUCGGGGUCGGUUACCGGCCCCGCUCUGGCGUUGGCCUUGGCGGCCGGUUCCCUCGGGGCUCUGGCUUCCACCGCGGCCAAACUCUCCCUCGGAGCCGGCAAUGACCUGGGACUGGUGGACCAGGGGAAGGCCGAAUGGUUGCAUAUGUUGCUUCAAGUAGGCUGUGGUGGAAUGGCAUUCCUGUUUAAUGCUUUGAUGUGGACACUUUUUGCCAAAGCACUACGAUAUUCUUCUUCAGCACGGGUAUCUGUGACCACCAUUGCUUCCAAUUUUCUCUCAUCCGCUUUUCUUGGAAAAUUGCUCUUUGGAGAAGUUCAUGAGAUGUUAUGGUGGAUUGGGAUCACAAUAACUUUAUGUGGAUUGCUGCUGCUUCAUACAGUUAAAGAAAUGAAGGUCCAAAGUGAUGCUUACAAAAAAGAAGAAUAAACUAUAUUUGGGAAAUUCUCUCAUCAGUGAAAUAACUGGAAAUAAAUGAACUGAAACUGUUGAGAGCUUGGUGGAAGUUAUUAGUUUUCUGUGUAAUCUAUGGUUACCUGGCCAUCUCUUCUAUGGAAACCAGGUCCAAGCUUACCUCCAUUUGGUAAUCAAGAGGAAUAUAAAGUUCAGAUGAAACACCAGCUUGUCCUUUCCUCAAUUACUGGAAGAGGUGCUGUUGAAUUCUACAGGCUACAUCACCAGCCCUACUUUCUUUGCAUAACCUAUUUUAAUUCGUCAAGCUAUAAAGCAAAACUCUGGGCUAUCUGUCUCCAAACUACAAUCAUUGCUGGGUGUUUGUCUGCAGGAAUGAGAAGUUGGAUCUCUGCAAUUUCUACACUUUUUUUGCACCAAGUUGCAACUAAGGGUCUCGUGAUACUGUCUACUCAACUACUUCUGUUUUAAGCUGUCAGACCUUAAACCUCCCACACCUCCCUGCUGAAAACUCUCCAAUCCGGUUCCUUUACCUACCACACUACAAAAUGGCCAAAGUCAAAAACUUUAAGACUUUGAAAUGAUUGACUGUGCUAUUUUCCUUCAAUGUGCCUCCCUCAUUGCCAAGAUUGGUGAGACUACCUUACUUUUAAUUUCACUCUUAUCUGCUAUACAGCUGUGUAGAUAGACUGUGAAUGUUUUUAUUAAAUUAAAAUGUAAGUACCCUCAAGAUGAGUGCCUUUCAUUAAAAGGCUGAAGUUACAAAUACAAUCAAAAUUAAAGGUUACAGACCUGUAUAAAGUACAGCGAGUCGUCCACCUUUCUCUCUUUAGAACAGGAUGCUGUUGGCAUUUUUAAAAUUUUUUUAAAAAGUAAUUAAAAUAUCCACAGCUCCCAAGUAUUUUAGAAGUAAAUGCAACAUUAAAACAUGUCAAAAAUGGGGUUUUCUUUAUUAACAGGCUUAGUGUCCAGAAAUUAGUUGAUUCCACCAUUUUCAUUUCCCAAAUGGUGCAAAAUUAGCUGGAAGCCUACAUUGUCAUUGUUCCAUGAAUGCUGCAUAGAAGUAGAAAUCCACAGCUACAGGCUUGCAACUCCUGUUACAAAGUGCUUAUAGCUUUUAAAGUAACUGUUUUAAAGAGACUAAGGCUGCUAAAGAAACAAAAAGGGGAAAAGGUGUGAGGUCAUGCUCAGAAUCUGUCUGUUUUUAAACUGGGGUCAGGUUUUUUCUUUUUGAGCAAAAUGUAGUCUGCAACUACACACAUCUUGGAUGAAAUAAUUCAUUAGAUUAUGUCAGUUAUAUUACAUCAAAACAUAGAUUCUAAGCAAGAUGGGGUGGCAUGAUGGCUCAGUGGUUAGCACUGCUGCCUCACAGCGUCAGCGACCUGGGUUUGAUUCCAGCCUCGGGCAACUGUCUGUGUGGAGUUUGCACAUUCUCCCUGUGUCUGCAUGGGUUUCCUCCGGGUGCUCCAGUUUCCUCCCACAGUCCAAAGAUGUGCAGGUUAGGUGGAUUGGCCAUGCUAAAUUGCCUGUAGUGUUCAGGGAUGUGUAGAUUAGGUGGGUUAUAGGGGGAUGGGUCUGGGUGGGAUUCUGAGGAUCGGUGUGGGCUUGUUGGGCCAAAGGGCCUAUUUCUACACUGUAGGGAUUCUAUGAUUCUAAGACCUCACACCUAAAAUGCAUUGGCUGACCUGAGAUGUCACCUUGUGUAUACAUUGAUUAAAACCUUUAAUUAUCUCAUGAUAAUGACUUGAAAGGAAUCUGGAUUUUGCAUUUCAAUCGGGAGUCUCCUUCCUAACUGAAUAAAGAUUCAACAAGUGGCAGCCAGUUUUGAGGUUGUUACCCUUCUGCUUAUAAAUUGUGUUUGAAUGUCUCUCUCCUCUUACACCUGAGGAAGGAGCUCAGCUAUGAAAGUUUGCAUUUUUCAAAUAAACCUGUUAGACUAUAA